AGACAACUAAACAGUACUAUAUUUUUUAUGUGAAGCUUCAAGAAGCAUUUACUAAAAUGAGUCGCCUAUAUGACACUAUCGAGCCAAAUGUGAUAGAUGAGGCAAUGCUUCAGAGUGCUGUUGAAGAACAAGGACCCAAGAAAGAGGCAGGACGCAUUGCAAAACAAGACGGCAUUGACUUUAAGGAUGUAGUACAGCUCCGGCUUGACUUUAGAAAUAUACUCAGGAUUGACAACCUGUGGUCAUUUUCAAGCCUCACAAAACUACAGCUGGAUAAUAACAUUAUUGAAAAGAUCGAGGGAUUGGACAGCUUAAAGAACCUGAUCUGGUUAGAUUUGUCAUUCAAUAACAUUGAGGUAAUUGAAGGUCUUGAUGCCCUUGUUAAUCUGGAAGACCUCAGCUUGUACAACAACCGAAUUUCUCACAUUGAAAAUAUGGACAAACUGGGAAAACUACAGGUUCUCUCCAUGGGAAACAACAACUUGGAAACAUUGGAGGAAAUAGUGUACCUCCGAAGGUUUAAGAAUUUGCGGACACUGAAUCUCAAUGGAAAUCCAAUUGCAGAAGAAGAGCUUUAUAAAAUGUUUGUUGCAGCUCAUCUCCCGAACCUGGUAUACUUGGACUUCAGGCUGGUAGAUGAGAACAUGAGGGAGGCAGCUAAUCAGAAAUACCAGUAUGCCAUUGAAGAACUGAAUCACAAUGAGUCUGUUGCACAAAAGAAGUUUGAAGAAGAGCAGCUCCGGCAGCAAGAACUGGAUUUGCAUAAGGCUGCCUACAUUGAGUAUCUGAAUGGUCCAUUCUUAUAUGACAGCAUGUUUGCUGAGGAUGCAGAAGCUGCAAAACUGGCUUACCUUCCUGGAGUUCCUGAACUGCUGGAACAGUAUAAUAAUAAAUUUGUUGGAGUUUGCCAGCAGAUAUUUGACUAUGGUCUAAAACAGCAUGAGCGGCGAGAAGCUGAGGUUGCAACAUUCUUUGAGUGCCUUCAAGAAGCUAUCAAUGAAAACCAAGAAAUGGGUACAAACAAAAUCAAAGAGUUUGAAAAGAAGAAAGUAGAGUUGCUACAAGCGCUCCAGCAAAUCUCAGACCCAGACAUCUCAGAAGAAAAAAUAAUUCAGUUCAGUGAUGAAAUUGCGCUGCUAAGGGACUGUCUGAUGACAUUAGAAAUUCAGUUGGUCGACCAGUUGGAGGAAAUUAUAAAGGAUUUUGAAAGAAACAUCUCUGAAAUGGUGUCAGUUUUUAUCGAGAAUGUUCAAGGAUUAAUCUCUCAGUGCCGCGAUUUAGAAAAUAUACACCAUGAGAAAAUUCUGGAACUGUCCAUUGGUACCUUGGAAAAAAUGGCAAAAAAUGAAUUCAAUGAGGAGAUCCCCGAUGACCUAAGAAUGCUCUUUGUUGACAAAGAUACCAUUGUCAAUGCUGUAAGUGCUUCACAUGAUAUGCACUUGUUAAAGAUUGACAACAGAGAAGAUGACAUAAUUACUAGAGUGAACAACUGGACCACAGCUCUCUUGCAAAAGGUGCACAGUCAAGAAUUGCAAAGAAACCGCAAAAGAGUGUCUGAAAUUAACAACUACAUUGACAACUUAGAAGAUGAGCUUGACAACCUAGACCUGCAUGAAACAGCAUGAUGCUUGUUCCAGAUUAAAACAGGCUUCUCCACUACUUGCAUAUGUCAUCUGUCUCCUAGAUAUUUUUUGUCUUCUGAUGUCAGCUUCUUUGCACAGUAUUUUUGGAUUCAACAUUUGUGUACAAUAUAAUUUAUUAAAUGGGUUAUCAUUA